AUGGACGAACCGCAGUCCCUCCGGGCGCUAUUCGAAGCAGCCGAAGUACAGCGUCAGGCAAUCGAAACAUCAACAGAGAGCAGCACGUCGGCAUCGUACGUGAGCCGGCUCGAGUCAGUAAUAGCGCUGUAUACCAAGAUGCUGGAGCAGAUGUCGGCGGCGUCGCUCUUCUCGCCCAACGAGGGCGUGGAGGACAUUGCGACGUCGGAGCUCCCGUUCCUCCUGACGUCGUUCCACCUGGCAGAGCUGGUGCAGCGGCUGCCGUCGCCGUCGCCGCCGGAGCGGCUACCGGUCCUGCGGCGGUCGCGCCUGGCGUACGACUCGUUCCUCAACCUGGUCGACGCGUACGGGCUCAUCGGGCCGCCCUACGACAAGAUGCUGGAACGGUACAGGGACGACGCGGACGCCUUCUCCGUGGUGCCGGCCGGGUCGGGAGCGGCGGCGCGCCGCGACGGCAAGAUCGCCGGGUUCAAGGCGGAGAAGCAGCUCAGGGACAGGCUGGAGGUGCUGCGGCGCAACCCGCGCUACGUCGACACGGGGGACGAGGAGCUCGUGCGCCAGCUGCACCUCACCAACGUCACGUUCCGCGUUCACACCACCUUCGACGCCAUAGACUCGCUGAACCGAGAGCUCGACAUGCUCAGGAACAUGCCCGCCACCGCGCCGCCGCCGCCCGAACACGGCCGGCAGGAGACGGAGCUGUCACGGGAGGACGCCGACCUGCUGCGUCUCGACCAGCCGCUCCGCCAGCGCAUAGGCAACCCCGGCCCGCUCCUCUCCAAGCAGGGCAAACCACUCCAGCCCUUCACCCUGCUAGGGUCCAACUCGCGCGCCGAGAUGAGCCGUGGCGUCUUCCGCCCCGGCCACAACCUCCCCACCAUGUCCAUCGACGAGUACCUCGAUGAGGAGAAGCGGAGGGGUAACAUCCUCCAGGGAGGGGUGGAGCCGCGCACCGUCAUCGACGAGGACGACGUCGACGCUGCCGACCGUGAGACGUACAAGGCUAGGGAAUGGGAUGAGUUCAAGGAUCAUAACCCCAAGGGGGCCGGUAACACUAUGAACAUGGGGUGA